AUGAUCCACCUUUGUCAGAAUUCUUUCCAGGAGACUCAGUCUGAUUUGGAGGUGAUCCUAGAGUUCCUGGAGGAGUACUACAGACAACACACCGGAGGCCACGGGGACGACGCGUACUCCACCGCGGCGGGGCCUGCAGACGAAAGAAGCGCGCCCGCGUACGGAGGGUCGCCGCACUGGACGUGGGACGGCGAGCAAACCGGCGUGAAAGCGGCCCCCCAGCCUCUGCCGGCACCCGACCCCCCGCCGGGCCUCGGCCACGACCCGGCGGGGGCGGCGGCGCUGUGUGAGCAGGUGAGCUGUGCUUCGGCGAGGCAGCCGGACAAACACGCGGCGGGGAGUGCGGCCGCAGGUAGAAAGGUGCGCCUCUUUCACUUCUUGUUCGAGAUGCGAGACCCGAGCAUGGCCCACUGCGUGUCCUGGGUGCCGGCGGCCGCCGGGGUCUUCCGCUUCUCCUCCACCAACAAGCACCACGUGGCGGCACUGUGGGGCCAGAGGAAAGGCAACAAGAGGCCCAUGACCUACCAGAAGAUGUCCCGCGCCCUCAGGAACUACUCCCGCUCCGGAGAGAUCUUCAAGGUGAAGAAGAAGCUCACCUACGAGUUCAGCCGAGAGACACUGACGCUGCUCCGCCAGCGGGGCGAUUUGUAA